CACUGAACUCGACAGUCGUGGCUCGGCUGUUCUUUCGUACUCGGUUAGCGGAUUUGUGUCUGACAGUGUGGCCGAUUGGACUGCCGUGUGAUUGUCGCGAAGACUCGUUUGGGGUCCACAAGAAGACGACUCGUCGACAUCGCUUCAUAUACAUUUAAUACCCACGAUGACACAUUUGGUAACUUCGUCGACAACGAGCGUUUCUGGAAUAAAUGCGGCAGCGUUAAUCACGACCGAGACGAUAACGACAACGUUACAACAGCGUGUUCGCUUACCACGAUAGUGCAUUGCUGCUACAACGGGAAAAGAAGAGAGAGAAAGAGAGAGAGAGAAAAAGGGAAAGUGUGUAUGUGUUUGUGUGUGUCGGAUUCUCGUUCUCGAUGUGGAUGCGUCGCGUCGUGCACUUUAAACGAGGUACACAUACACGCCCGAGUUCCAGGAAGCGCGUAGAAGAAGAAUAUUUCAUCAAGCGAUGCACGUGAGAAGAAAGAAAGAAAGAGAGUACGCGCUAUCGAAAGAACAUAAGUGAAUCUGUAAUUGAUCGCACAUACGUAUUGGCGCGACAUAGAGAAAGCGAGAGAAAGAAAGACAGAGAGAGAGAGAGAAAGAGAGAGAGAGAAGAGAAAGAGGGGAAAAAAAGAACAGGUUACAAGGCAAGCGGGCGCCAUUCGGAAGUAACAGUGUCAAAGCACUGAGGCACCGUUUGCAACUUCUUUAGCGCCGCGCACGGCAUCUAGAACGUGCGAUGGGACGUGCGAGCGUGCGUGCCGUCGUCAGCGUGCGUCAAGGUGCGUGAAGUGGCCCCGUGUGGUGCGAAAAGUGCGAACGGAGAGUCCGCAGACGGAGUCGUUUGUCGCUUGGCGCGCGAGCGCUAAACUCGGGGCUCUCAGUCUCGCCUAUCGUCCAAGCAGUCGAGUCUACGGGCGCGCCUUCUCGCUCUCGUGCCUUCGCUUCGUGGCGUGAACGCCGACCGCUGGGCUGCUUCGAUUCUCCUCUUGCUCGCCAGCGGAGUUUUCGCUGCGUCGCGCUUAUACACUCUGGAUACGUGUAUGUGCGCGCGCGAGAGAUACGUACGUGAGAAACAUCAGAGACGGACGUAACCGGCCCGUCGUAUAUACGUGCCGGAGGCGAAUCUGGGGAUCUGGGGGAGAGACCGUGGAAAAAAGAAUUCCCAGAUAAUGGAGAAACCUGCGUGUACUGUGGACUCGUGAUCGAUUGCGAAUUUUUCUGUGUUGUAUAUUUUUACGAGGAAGAUAGAGAAGUGGAGAAGGUGGCGGAACGGAAGAAGGAAGAAGAGGAGGAGGAAGCAGAACGAGAGAAAGAGAGAGACAGCGAGAGACAGAUUAGGUUAGGUUGAACUCACGUUCCCCCCCUCCCAUUCCUCCGCUGCGGCACCAGGGCUUCAUCUCAUUUCGAUGUGCACGCCAGUUUCCAUUUGACUUGUGUACGCCUAAGGGACGAGGGCAGAACAUAGAGAAGAUAAGAGACCGAGGAUAGUGCGCGACUGAUGGAUCUAAGGAAAAGUGAUAGAAAAAUACAAAUGCUGAUCGCCGAUGGAAUUUUUGUCACCGAAUCAUUGUCACCGUUCAUGGCAAUCAAUAACGAAUACCUCAAAUUCAAAGCUCGGAUAUUACGCUUCAUCGACAUGUUUCCAGGGAAGCAGUGGCACGUGCGCCAGAGUUCGGGCCCAGGUGGUGUCGCCCGCGCUGCCGAGGAAACGCAAGAAGGAGAGGUCAACGAUAGGGGAUGCUACGAGGCGAGCGAGAUAUCGGUCGAGGAGAUUAGCUUGAUGGUAGCGAGGAGCAAAGUUCCCUUCGACGACAGCGUGAUCGCCAGUGGCUACUGUCAUUCGCCGCCUUGUCUCUGUCAUCGUCAUUAUCGUAGUUAUCGUCAUUCAUUAUCGCGUCAACGAUACCACCAUCGAAGGGACAUCGAUGACGUGGGUAGCGGCGGCGAUUGCAACGAUAGCAGCGAAGACGAUAGCGGCGAUGACGAGGCCGUCGAGAACGACAAGAAUGACGACGGUGAUGAUGACGGUAACGACGAAGAGGAGGAGAACGACAAGAUGUGCCUCGACCGUCUCCAUCCUCGUCUUCAUCAAUUCUAUGAUCGGCGAUCUCGCGGAAGCGGCGACGUUGACGCCGAAGUCGAGGUCCAUCGAACCGAGACGACUACCGUCCAUCCUCUCGCACGAACCUCGCCUAUCGCGACCACCGCCGUCGCUAACCCCUCUGUCGUCACUGCCAUGGCGAGAGGAUGCAAAAUUCCGUCUUACCUCACGACUAUACUACUUCUUUCCUACAUUCUCUUCGGUAUAGCAGACGCUUGCUCGUCACGUUCAACGCCAAAACCAAGGCCGCCGACGCCAACGGAUCGGCCGAAUAUCACAUUCCACAUGUACACGUGUCCACCGGAUUACGCAGAGUGGUAUUGUUUAAAUGGCGCCACGUGUUUCACCGUAAAAAUUGUCGACUCUCUCUUAUACAACUGUCUAUGCGCCCAUGGAUAUAUCGGACAAAGAUGCGAGUUUAAAGAUUUAGAUGGUUCCUAUUUACCUUCACGGCAACGAGUAAUGUUGGAGACAGCCAGCAUCGCCGGUGGUGCCACAAUAGCAGUAUUCCUCGUCGUUAUCAUUUGUAUAGCGGCUUAUAUCCAUUGUAAGCGAAAACAGAAGGAAUUACGAUCGAGCAAUAACUGCGUCGAUACGGUGGAUGGUCCUGGCCGAGAUCCGGAGCUGAGGCCGUUCAGCAACCGCAGCCGCUCUCUUAUGAUCUUCACGGCCAAGAAUUCUAACAACUCGGCGACGAUAGAACAAACGAGAAUGCCCAACUGGAAUUGUCCAGAAACGGAAUCGAUGAGGAUGGCAUCCAUCAGCGAGAAUAAGCCCUCGAGCCAAUAGCGAACUACGUGACGCGUCGUCCAUAUACAACGUUUUGCCGCGAGGAUUCGUUAUCGGCGAUACUCGAGACAUACAAAAGAUCAUCGAAUAAACUACUCGAUUAGUUGAAGGUAGUUUGAAAUAUCUCGAGACAGCAGCGGCCUUUAGUAGCCUUUAUUAGCGAACGUAUUGGAAAUAAUCCCACUAUUUGAUUCAGCGAGUGAUUGACCAUCCUAAUGCGGUGCUGAAAAAAACGAACAUAAAUCAAGUACGAUUUCUAAGCUGAUGACACGUAUUGGCACGACGAUAUUGGUUCUUUUCGAUUAUUAUAUCGUAAUAUCAAGACAUUCCCCGUAUUGUCGCACUCAUGUCCUCCGUUUGAUCGAAGGGAUGUUUAAUGCUCGUCGAUUAUUGUGUAUUCCUUCUAACGAACAUCUCGAUGGACGAUUCACGAAGAAUCUUACGUCCAAAAGUUUGAAAGUGGAACAGGACUUCGCAUGAAUAACGUGACGUUCGAGGACGAAACAUUUCCGUAGAUUCUUCUGUGAAAGUGACAGAUUCGCGACCAUUGAAUGUUGGUUUUUAUGUAAACGUUUGUAUAGUAUCGCGUCUUAUUGUCAUCACUCAUCAAUAAAAAAGAAAGAAAAACAAUACACGCAUCACACACACACACACACACACACACACACACACACACAGUUGUAAAAGUAGUGCCUUUCUACUCUCGUUUGUAAGAAAGCAAAUAGUUGUGGUACACCUGAUCAAGCAAGAUCAAAUAAGAAUGAGAGAAAGAAAAUUGUCUGUGUAUUUCUCUCAUUAAAAUUAGCGAUGAGCGUCGUCCAAUUGCUAACCGUGUUACGAGCGCAGGACGCUGAUACACGCUAGUGACAAAAUCUUGUAAAACAUUGAGAAAUCAAUAGCUGUAAAGCGCUGAUAGUAGACAAGGUAAAGCCUUUGAUCCUUGGUACGUAUGCUACUUGUACUUUAUCCUAACUUUGUUAUUCGUAAAAGACUUUAAUCUGAUAUAUCUCCGGAUACAUAUGAUAAUAUAUAAACAUAAAUACGUUCUACAAUAGCUCAUAUUCUCGUCGCAGAGGUCUAAUACGUUGUGAUUAGAUCUAGUAACUUACAUUAUACUUUCACUAGGCUCUUCCAAAGAAUGUUCGUGAACGCGAUGGAACGUACUAUUAGUAUCAAAGGGUUAAUGAACAUAUGUGUCUUACGUAGAAAUAUCUAAGAUUUAAAUCUAGAUUAAAUCCGAUGUCUUACCAGAAAGCAAUAGUUCCCUAAGCACAUGUGAAAUACAUUUUGCCGCUAAUAAUAGAGAUGCUAUUUAUUACUGAUCGGUUAGAAAGUCUAUUGACGUCAGAUCGCCAUCCGGCGUUGUACUGUUAUAUAUGACAAAUAUUUUCUCAAGACGUUUUGCUCCUAUAACGCGAAAUAUCGUUUACCAAAUCUUAGGCACACAAAAAUGACGUACUUAUAGUGAAUUAAUUUUCGUUUCCAUAUCUGCAGCUACAAGCGAUAAAAAUUAAAAAAAAAACGGAAUUAAAAAUGCCGUUAGCUAUUAUUACAAGAUAAAACAACCAAUACGGUAGAAUAAUAAAUUCAAUGACUUUGCGCAGAUCAUAAUUUGCUAAUUUCACGUAAAACUAAACGACUAAAUAACUUCAUCUGUUUGCAUAGAUGAGAGUUGAAUAUGAAAUUCAAAAAAUUGCUAAUACUUUUCAUAUCCUAUUUAUCUCGAUAUUGAAUGAUA